CCGUUUCAUUCAUUACUGUAACUACAAAAAUUUGAGAAUUUGUCCAACUUGAAUAGUCAUUUCGAAAUACAUAAAUGUGAUUGUUGUCCAUUUUAUUGUUGAAUACAAAGUCCCUUGUAAAAUUAUGAAAUUAUUUUUCUGCCAAUCACUUGAAACCUCUGAUGAUGAAGAGGAAGAAGCGGGCGAAGAGGAGCAAAGUGAGGAAUCAGCUGAAGAUGAUGAUGGAAAAUAUGGUGUCGAUAGUGAAGAGGAUAUGCCAAGCGAUGGUGUGGAUAAAAAUGGCAGCGGAGACAAGCUCGUUAGCGGAAGCAGUAGUAAAGCGAAGAUAGAGAAAAAUAAUGUUGAAGAUUCCAUAGGCUCUCUUAAAGUCAAAUGGAACAAAGCUGAUGAAUCGGAAAACGACUCCGACGCUUCUGUGAGUACUGAUGCAGAUAUUUCCCUGAGAAGUGUUACUGGAAAACUGGAUAUUAAAGGCGGAGAAGAAGGAGUUCAAGUGAAAAAAUCCACUGAGAUGAUGGUGGUUGAGGCUAUUAGAAACCUUAAUGAGCGUGGCGGUUCUUCGGUUUUGGCUAUCAAUAAAUAUAUUAAGAAUAAUUAUCCACAGUUGGAUGGUCCGCGUACGCUAAGACUUAUUAAGCAGUACAUCAAGAAAGCCAUAACAAAUGGGAGAUUGGUACAAGCGAAAGGUAGCGGACUGGGCGGCUCAUUUAAGAUGUCCGCUGAGAUGAAUCGUCUGGAACAGCGGCAGAAACGCAAAAAACUCAUGCAAAAGGCCAAGAAGGAUGCGCCUGCUAAAAAAGCGGCUAAAAAGCCGAAAUCUAUAAAAAAGAAAGCUGAAAAUGGCGAGUCAAAACCAGCAACCGUCAAAAAUACCACAAAAACAACAAAGGCAACGAAGGCAGCCAAGCCAGUGGUGAAAUUAGAUAACGCCGCUGAACCAACUGCAAAGCUACCAAAAGUAUCAGCAACAGCGAAAAAAAUGGCGAAAGCGACCGAUUCAAAAAAUUCGAACAAAACUGCCAACAAAAAUGUGAAACCUUCAACGAUAGCCAAUAACCAGCCGCUGGAGAAACCCAAAGUGACGACACAAAGUAAAAGUGCCAAAGGUAUUGCAACCAGCACAAUGAAUUCGACAGCAGAUAAGGAGGUGAAAGGAUCACACACCAAAUCUGCAUCGACUCCUCCUAUACCCGCAGUAUCAACAUCAUCACCAAAAGCGAUGUCGAAGGGAAAAGCAGCAGCAAUGCCGAAAAAGAAACCACUCGCUAAAGGUAAAACAAGCGCUCCAGAAGUCGCUGAAAAUGGUGCUGGCGAUGCGGAUACUCUAAAGCCAGCGAAGAAGCUCGCAGGAAAGAAAACCAAAACCAAAUGAAAGCUACAUAUAUUGGAGGAAAAGUAAUUAAACACUAUAUGUUGAUUUUUAUUAUAUUAAA